GCCGCCGUCCUAGUCGGACGGGGGCAGCACCUGCUGGGGAACGACCCAGGCCACGGGAGACUCCAGUCCUGGGGACCCCCCGCCCCGCGGCCCUUUCAUGAACCCCCCUGGCGGCCACCAAACAGCGGCUAACAGAGACUUUCUUUAGAUGAGAUGUUUGACUCCAGGAGCUGGGACCUGAAGAAUGCUAAAUAGGAUCUUUGUCCUACCAAAGAAGUUACCUCAGUGCUAACUUGAUUUUUAUCGUUGAAGAUGAAGCAAGACUCUUCUCGAAAUGCUACCUACACUGUGGAUUGUGAGGAUUAUGUGCAUGUGGUAGAAUUCAAUCCAUUUGAUAGUGGAGACAUAGGUUCCCUAAUUGCAUAUGGUGGCAAUAAUUAUGUAGUUAUUGGAACUUGCAGAUUUCAGGAGGAGGAUGCAGAAGUGGAAGGAAUACAGUAUGAGACCCUAAGAACAUUUCAUCAUGGGAUCAGAGUUGAUGCCAUAGCAUGGAGUCCAGAAACCAGACUGGAUGCUUUACCUCCCCAGAUAAGAUUUUGUACUGCAGCUGCUGAUAGAAAGUUAAGACUAUUCACUUCAGAUCUCCAGGAUAAGAAUGAAUAUAAAAUCUUUGAUGGCCAUUCAGAUUACAUUAAUGAUCUGGUGUUUGCCCCUAAAGAAGGUCAAGAUAUUGCAAGUGUGAGUGAUGAUCACACCUGCAGGGUUUGGGAUUUAGAAGGAAAUCAGAAGGCUUGUUUUGUUCUAUGUUCACCUGGAAUGAGUGUGUGCUGGCAUCCUGAAGAGGCUUUUAAGUUGAUGGUAGCAGAGAAGAAUGGAACAAUACGAUUCUACGAUCUCAUUACCCAGCAGGCCAUUCUGUCUCUCAAGUCUGAACAAAUGCCGUUGAUGUCAGCACACUGGUGUUUAAGAAACACCCUUAAAAUUGGAGCAGUUGCUGGAAAUGAUUGGAUAAUUUGGGAUAUUACUCGCUCCAGUUAUCCACAAGAUAAAAGACCUGUCCAUGUGGAUCGAGCCCGAUUAUUCAGGUGGUCCAAAGUGAAUGAAAACUUGUUUGCAACCACUGGAUAUCCAGGAAAGAUGACUAGUCAGCUUCUAGUUCAUCAUUUAGGACACCCUCAGCCCAUUCUUAUUGGCUCUGCAGCUGUAGGAUCUGGUUUGACCUGGCAUAGGAGUCUUCCAUUAUGUGCAGUUGGUGGAGAUCAUAAACUUUUCUUUUGGGUGACAGAAAUGUAAAAUAAAUGUCAGCUCUGAUUAUUAAAUUCUUAAUUAUUGUCCCUUUUUGUAAUAAAGAGUGAAGAAAUCUA